UAUUAAGGAGGUAAACAUACACGCAUCGCUUAAGAUUUCAUUUCACCACCAAUCGCUCAAAUCGCGGCUGUGUUUAUGCUCAAACUUCGAGUUUCAGCCGGUGGUCUUUUUGACGAAAAUGUACGCAUCUCUGUUUUUUUGUCAACUGGGGAUUUUUCUCUCGGUUGUGAACGCGUUCAGUGAGAAAUUGAGUGGAGAAUCGGUUCUGUACGGCAUCGCAUCUUUAACGGAAAAUUUCGAAAAAGAUGAAAUGACCACUUGUUCUGGUGAACUUAAUGUCCUCUACAGGGCUGUGGAGGAACGGCAUGUAUGGGCUUUGAAAGUUCUGGAUGCCAGUGGUCAACCGGAAACUGGGUUUCUUUACGGAAACAACCUGUGGCUGGGUGCUCGUACACAUUGCCUGGACAUACCCAACCAGAAACCCUUGGAGAUCAACCAUCAAAAAGUGGCACAUCCACCACCAACUGCCUUCGAUUAUCCUCCCUUCUCCCUCAAAUUCAUCAAAGCAUUCAUCAAACACAACAACACCCUCCAGUUCCACACACAAAUGCCCUUCGAUUUCACCAUCCAAGUAGGUUUAUGCGUGCCAAGAAGUUGUUCCAACAGAGAUCUGUUCCAUUUGUUCAGGGUCUAUUUGCAAGGACACUAUUUGAAUGUUCAGCAGCUGUAUAAUUUGAAUUUGAACGUCGAGAGGGUGAAGACUCUGGAAGAGGAUGCUGUAUUCAUCUUGUACUCGCCGAAAUUCGUCUUAUUGAUGGUAAUUUUUGGUAUGAUUUUGGUACCCACUGUUCUUGGAACGAUUUACGACAUGAAGCAACACUACAGAGACAAGAAAUACUUAUUGUCGUUUCAGCAGAACAUCGGAAAAAUUAAAGAGAAAACGGUUUCAGAGGUUGAGUUGGUGAAAGCUUCCCAGGAAUCUCUGGGCGGGAGUGAAUCGAGAACUUUGGAAAUUCUGAAAUGUUUCUCGUUGUAUUCGAACGUAAAGACAUUGUUGAGCGUUAGAUUGUCGCCCGGCUCUAUAACUUGCAUACAUGGCAUUCGAUUUUUCGGCAUGUUAUGGGUGUGCACCAUACAUUCUAUUUUCUUUCAAGCUGAUUACGUUAGAAAUGUGCCGUAUGCCUAUAGGAUUUCGGAGGAUUUCGCUUCGCAGGUUAUGAGCAAUUCCACAUACAGCGUGGAUACCUUCUUGUUCAUAAGCGGAUUCUUGUUGGCCUAUCUAUACUACAAAACGAAGAAAAUGGUAGAUGGACCUGUAAGUUAUUCAGGGAAAAUUUAUGAAUUUAUCAUGAUGUUUUUACAUCGAGUUGUCAGACUAAGCCCUCCCUAUAUCAUCGUAAUACUAAUAAGCGAUGUGCUCUAUACCUAUUUGAGAAGGACAUCAUCGCUGGAAAGCAGCGAACAGCCAGACAUUAUGUGUGCUAGAUACUGGUGGAGAAAUCUUUUAUAUAUCAAUAACUUAUUUCCAAGGAACGAAAUGUGCCUUAGCUGGUCAUGGUACUUAUCAUUGGACACGCAGGCUUUUGUAAUCACAUCGAGUUUGAUUAUAGUUUCUACAUUUGCGUUCAAGACAGCCACAAUGAUUUUAUUCUUCUUGAUGUUAUGUAGCAUUCUCGUCACAUCGUAUAAAUCAUAUUCGAUUGGUUACAUUCCCACCAUGGAUGAGCAAUUGAUGCAUUUGGAUGAUAUUUACGAUUUGCCAUGGAAUAGAAUUGGCCCCUAUCUAAUAGGAGCGAUAACUGGCUAUUUGCUAGUUAAAAAAUUGAAAUUUCAACUCAUCCUUGGAAAGCUUCCAAAAGCGAUUUUAUGGAUAAUUUUUCCCUCGAUAAAUUUAUGGAUACUUUUUGCUCUUCAUACAAGGCAGCUAUCGGUGGAAUUUUCAGCAGUUUAUAUGGGAAUUUCUAGGACCCUCUGGGGUGUUGGAAUGGCAUGGUUUUUGAUAGCUUGUUGUACAGGAAAUGGAAUUACCCUGAACAAAUUCCUAUCCUUCCGUGGCUGGAUACCUUUAAGUAGGUUGACUUUUUGUGCGUAUCUGCUGAACCCUCUCGUAGCUAACGCCAUGUAUAUGGGGGCGGAGACCCCUAUGUAUGCAUCUAAAGCAGGAUUUGCUAUCAAUAUUUUGGGAGUGACCUUAUCGACGUUCUUUUGGGCCUUCGUUGUUUCGAUUUUUUUCGAAUCUCCUUUUAUUCUACUAACGAAAAUUUUACUUCGAAGGAGAGCGGAGAAACCUUCUAAAACUGAAAUUUCCACUAUCCCAGAGAAACCCUGAGCUGAUUCCCAAUUUUUAACUGUUAACUUCAAAGCUGUGAUGUAUUCUUGUGAGUUGAACUUCUAUAGUAGCUGUAGCUUUACCUAAUUUUAAAUAUUCAACUUUAGUCUGUAUAUUUUAUUUAUGUGAAAUAAAUAUAUUAGGUUUUUC